AGAGACUGAAAUUCUGUCCUGCACACCAGCGAGGUGACUCUGCUACACUGGCACCACCCUUCGGCGGGCCAGUCUGCUCCCACCCCCCUCAGCCAGAGCCCUGCCUGCACCUCCCUCGGGCCAAACUUUCACAAGUGGCUACCGAUCUGUGGUGAGGAGCUGAGCACCCCAGCCCCCGCUCCAGGUGCUCUGCACAUCUGCAAAUCCGACCCCAGGUAUCUGCUGUGGGGAACCCAGAGAUGGAAGGAUGCGAAAGGAGCAGAUGCUCUUGAAAAGGCAGCCCUGCCGUCAGGAGGGGCCCAGGCCAGAUGCGCUCUAGCUGCUUUUGCAAUUCCUUGGUGCCAUAGCAAGAGGCGAGGUGAUGCCAUGGCUGCAUCCUUUGAGCCAAGCAUGUCUCAGAACCUGGCUUCUCCAAAUCUGGCCCGAGCUUCCAAGCAGAUUGAGAACAAGGGGCCGACGUAGGCAGGGCCUUGCUUCCCACUGUCUCAGCACCAGGGCUCCGAGAUGGAGUGCUGCUGGCCUGGCGAGGUGCAUACAGGACAGCCUCGUGCUUCCUCCGGGGUCUGCUCGGCGCAGAGAGGACGGCGGCGCUCCCAAGGGAAGAGGCACCUGAUGUUCCUGAAGUGCAGCAUUACUAGCUGGUACCGGUGUCUGCUGCUCUCUCCAGGCCCAGGGAGGGACUUGCUUCAGGACCUGUAAUCAGAGCCAUAGAAAUCCGAAUGAAAAGCUCCUUGGGUCCCAACCAGCCCAUCACCUGGGGCUCCGUGCAGGCUUGUGCCUUCCAACACAGUCAGUAUUUGGUCACUUCUGGCUUUAAAUGUCCCCAUGGCUGGAGCUCUCAUCCCCUGGGGAACUAUUUGGGUGUCCGCUGUGCUGGCUCAGCAAGGUCUCCUUGUUACUGAACCUCAAACUUGCCCCUUUAUUCACCCGAUCUCCUCCCGCCUAGUUCUCCCCCAGGGCCCAUCCGAAAUCACUCCUCUCUUCUUGAAACAGGUGCAGCAGCAUCUCCACUGCUUGGCCAUCUCUUCCGGGAGCCAUAAACGUUCAGUUGUUUGAAUCAAGCUGUCCGGUCCCCCAGUCGCUUCUAUUGUUCUUCUCAGAACUGCCCUGACUUUGUCAAGUUCUCUGGUGACGUGGUGCCGCUCUUGGGACACAGGAUUCCGGGGUGAUCAUGCUGGCCCCCUACAAAAAGGGACUGUCGGCAGCCUGCUUCCUGACACCUUUCCGUGUAGUCCCAUCUCCCGCUGCCAUUGCUGCUACCCUGCACCCAGCUGAGGGUGUCUGGGCCAGCGUGGGAUGUGGAGAAAGGGGCAGCACCCACCUCUGUUGCCCCACUCUCGGCUGGGCAGCCAGAACCAAGAACAGCUUCACGGUGUAGUCUGGGGAGCUUCAUGCUGUGUGCAGGAGCAGAGACUAAUCCAGGGAAGGAAGGAGUGAGUGGAACGUUAACUGCCUGCCCAGGGAGGGGACAACCUGUAGUGAUAAGCCAUGGAGCCCAGGGGAAUCGUCAAAGCCUUUCCAAAGAGAAAGAAGAUGAGGGAUGACUCAGAGAGGAAGGUCCCUCCAAAGGUCCCGAAAGAGGAGGAAACGGGGAGCAUUGAAGAGUGGCUGAAGCCGAUCACAGCCUACGUGCUGCCAGUGGGCAUCGGGCGGGCCAGGGCAGAGAUCUUUCACACGCAGAUUGUCCAGAAGGGGGGUCGCGUCCGCAGCCAGCUCUCCUCAGAGGUGACGCACGUCAUAGUGGCGGAAGACAUGGACUGCGACCGGGCCUUUCGCCUCCUGAGACUGGCCAGGCUUCCCCUAGGGAUCCAGCUCGUGAAGGCAGCCUGGCUGAGCUCGUGCAUUAGAGAGCAGAAGCUGCUGGAUACCGCUGGGUACAGCAUCUUCAUCCCAGACAGGUACCUGGAGGAGAGGGAUCUGCAGAAGAGGGAACAGCAGCUCUUGGGCAGUGAGACUGUCCAACCCCAGCCAGGGAAGGAAGCACUGAAGCUGAAGGCUGAAGCACAGACAGGAGCCAUAUUGCCUCAGGGCCCAGCCCAGGAGCAAAGCCUUCAAACCCAGAGGGUCUCUGAUGAUGAAGGCAGCGAAGGGGAAGAGACCAACGUCACCCAGGGAGACCUGGAAGCACUAAUUUCAGGACGUUGCCCGGACACCUCAUCGGGGCCGUCCAGUGGCAGCUGUGCCACAGUGCCCCCAGCUGCUGGCAAGUGGGUUUGUGCUCAGUCCUCUGACAGCAAGAAAGAGAAUCACAACUGGCACAUCACAGAGAAGCUGGAAGUGCUGGGAAAAGCCUACACUGUCCAGGGGGACAAGUGGAGGGCUCUGGGCUACUCCAAAGCCAUCAGUGCGCUCAAGAGCUACCACAAACCAGUCACCUCUUACCAGGAAGCCUGUAAGAUUCCUGGGAUCGGGAAGCGGAUGGCGGAGAAGAUCCUGGAGAUCUUGGAGAGCGGCCACCUGCGGAAGCUGGACCACAUCAGCGAGAGUGUGGCAGUGCUGGAGAUCUUCUCCAACAUCUGGGGAGCAGGAGUCAUGAGAGCCCAGUUUUGGUACCAACAGGGCUUCCGGACCCUGGACGAUAUCCGCACCAAGGCUCCGCUGACCCGCCAGCAGGCCGUAGGGUUGAAGCACUACGAAGACUUCCUGGAGCGUAUGCCGCGAGAGGAGGCUGCCGAAAUAGAACAGACUGUGCGAGAAGCAGCCUGGGCGCUGAACCCCGGGCUGGUGUGUGUGGCGUGCGGCUCGUACCGACGGGGGAAGGCCACCUGCGGCGACGUGGACGUCCUGGUUACCCACCCUGAUGGGCAGUCUCACCGCGGCGUCUUCGGCAAGCUGCUUGACAGCCUCCGGCGGAGCGGUUUCCUCACCGACGACCUGGUGAGCCAAGAAGACAGCAGCAACCAGAAGAAGUACCUGGGCGUGUGCCGGCUGCCUGGGCCGGGCCGGCGCCACCGGCGCCUCGACAUCAUCGUGGUGCCCCAUGCCGAGUUCGCCUGCGCCCUCCUGUACUUCACCGGCUCGGCCUACUUCAACCGCUCCAUGCGAGCACUGGCCAAGACCAGGGGCAUGAGCCUGUCGGAGCACGCGCUCCACACGGCUGUGGUGCGCGCCCCCGGCGGCCGCAAGCUGGGGCCUGGCCUCCUCCUGCCCACCCCCACCGAGAGAGACGUCUUCACGCUGCUGGGGCUGCCCUACCGGGAGCCCACCGAGCGGGACUGGUGAUGGCAGGGGUCAGCCCUUUCCUUCCUGCCCUCCAGGGUGUCCUGGGAGGAGCCACCCCGCAGGCCCCAGUGCCCGGUGGGGUAGGGCGUUCCCUGUCAGACACUGAAGGGGGGCACUCCUUCAUCUCCUCUCGUCCGGGCUGCUCUGAGCUGGCCCGGAUGGACAGUGGCUGCUGUUGCUGCUAGUGGCACUUUGUGACUGUCCAGCCAGGCCUGGGAGUUGGGGUAGCACCAGCUCUGGAAUGUAGUUCAGUAGCCUGGGGGUGAGGGUGGUGGCACCUCCGCUCCCAGGAGCAGACGUAGCUUCGCAUCGGAGCCGCACAAACCCGCUCUCCAUCCCUCUGCAUCCCUGGGAGCUGCUGUUCUGUGGUGCUGGGGCAGGCAGCCCGGUCUGAGGCCGUACGGACAGCGCUGCGGGGACAGGGCUCUUCCGAGCUGUCAGGUGAAUUCAGUUCUGCGGUCCCCGCGGCGUAACUGCCCACGAGCUCGCCAGGCUUCACAGCGUGGGCAUGUGCCUUCCUCCCGUACGGCGGCUCUCUCCUCCCGCUCUGCUUGCUCCAGUGCCUCGCUCUGAUGGUGCAGACGGACGCUGGGCUGUGACCCACCUGCUGGUUUCUCUCCCACAGCGCCCGAAGAGUCGGCGUGGACAGAAGGCGGCUGAGCGACAAUGCUGCUUUGCAGGCGCAGGGCACUAACCCAGACAUUCACACCUUGCUUCCAGCUGGGCUCUUGGUACAGCUGCUGGCUCCGGCCCCGCAGCCAGGGGCCUGCUCCCACCCACAGUGAUCGGUGCCCCUUUGCUGAAGAUCCAGAAUGGGGCUGCAAGUGGAAUGCAAGGCCAGAAGGAGCCACUGUGAUCGUCUAGUCUGACCUCCUGCGUGGCAGGCCAGAAACCUGCCACCAGAUCCCCCUAGCACAGCGCUGUGGAGAACACAGCCCAGCUUGACCUAGACUCCAUGGUGGAGAAUCUGCCACGACCCUGGGAAACUGGGUUCCUGGAAGGGAAGUACAAUAAAAUCCACCCACUCUCCUCCA